UAUGGGCUGCAGAAUCAGUGCUGGAAGUGGGGGGAAGGAGGGUAUUGAGCUUGAGCUGAGCCUGGGGUAACUUGCUCCUCCUGGUGUCAUUGCUGCAGCCUCCCCUGCCCAGUCCCUAAUUGCUCAGCCGCCUCUGUUCCCAGUGCAAAACAGCCUGCAAAGACAGCAAAGCCGCCGCAGAAGUUGCCCGGCAGAAGACUCCGGAGGCAUUGGCUCAGGAACUUUUCACGUCAUUUUCUGCUCCGGAGCCCCUUCUCGGCUCUCCGCUCAGCCUUUCCCACGGCAAAUCACCAGUGCUCAUGGGGCAGGCGAAGAGGAGCUUGCAGCACUGAUCUGAACCGGACCGGAGCCCGUGAUGUCCGGCACCAAAUUGGAGGACUCCCCGCCUCGUCGCAACUGGUCAUCUGCCUCAUCAGAGCUGAACGAAACUCAAGAGCCCUUUUUAACCCCCACCGACUAUGAUGACGAGGAAUUCCUGCGGUACCUGUGGAGGGAAUACCUACACCCGAAAGAAUAUGAGUGGGUCCUGAUCGCCGGCUACAUCAUCGUGUUUGUCGUGGCUCUCAUUGGGAACGUCCUGGUUUGUGUGGCAGUGUGGAAGAACCACCACAUGAGGACGGUAACCAACUACUUCAUAGUCAACCUUUCUCUGGCUGAUGUGCUUGUGACCAUCACCUGCCUUCCCGCCACGCUGGUCGUGGACAUCACAGAGACCUGGUUCUUCGGGCAGUCUCUCUGUAAAGUGAUCCCUUAUUUACAGACUGUGUCAGUAUCGGUGUCUGUCCUCACACUGAGCUGCAUCGCCUUAGAUAGAUGGUAUGCCAUCUGUCACCCGUUGAUGUUCAAGAGCACAGCCAAGAGGGCCCGCAACAGUAUCGUCAUCAUCUGGAUUGUCUCCUGCAUCAUAAUGAUUCCUCAGGCCAUUGUCAUGGAGUGCAGUACCAUGCUCCCUGGCUUAGCCAAUAAAACGACUCUCUUUACAGUCUGUGAUGAGCGCUGGGGAGGUGAAAUUUACCCCAAAAUGUAUCACAUAUGUUUCUUCCUGGUGACAUACAUGGCACCGCUGUGUCUCAUGGUGUUGGCUUAUCUACAAAUAUUUCGUAAACUCUGGUGCCGACAGAUCCCUGGAACAUCUUCUGUAGUUCAGAGACAAUGGAAGCCGUCACAGCCCGUUUCACAGUCUCGCAUGCCAGUCCAGCAGACCAAGUCCCGGAUUAGCGCUGUGGCUGCUGAAAUAAAGCAGAUCCGAGCCAGGAGGAAAACAGCCCGGAUGUUAAUGGUUGUGCUUUUGGUGUUUGCAAUUUGCUACCUACCAAUUAGCAUCCUCAAUGUGCUGAAAAGAGUAUUUGGGAUGUUCGCCCACACAGAAGAUAGAGAGACUGUGUAUGCUUGGUUUACAUUUUCACACUGGCUUGUUUACGCCAAUAGUGCUGCGAACCCAAUUAUUUAUAAUUUUCUCAGUGGAAAAUUUCGAGAGGAAUUUAAAGCUGCGUUUUCUUGCUGUUGCCUUGGAGCUCACCAUCGCCAAGAGGACCGGCUCACCAGGGGCCGAACCAGCACAGAAAGCAGGAAGUCCUUGACCACACAGAUCAGCAAUUUCGAUAACGUAUCAAAACUCUCAGAGCAAGUUGUGCUCACGAGCAUAAGCACACUCCCAGCAGUCAAUGGAGCAGCGUCGCUUCAAAACUGGUAG